UGGAUAUGUUUUAUAUUUAGCAACAUUUUUAAAUUUCGUAUGCCUUAAAUACGUCCAAUCGCUGAAAUUCAAAACAAUUAAUUUGAAAUACAACCGUGUAACGAGAAUUGCAAAUAACUUCUGUCUCAGGCCAAUAUUAGUGAGGUCACUUUCACACAUAUGUGCGAAAGGCAAUCAUUUGACAUCUUGAAAUGUCACUUUAACAUAUUGUGACGAAAACAAGGAAAAUUAUUGUGUAGUUUAGAUAAUAUAAAUAUUAUUUUUCGAAAUUUUAUGUGCGUUGUUUUUUUCCAACGUUAGUUCACUCUCGAAAUUGGCGUUAAUAAAAUAAAUUGAUUAAUAUGGCUGGGUCGGCAUUGAGAAGGUUGAUGGCAGAAUACAAACAAUUAACUCAAGAUCCUCCGGAAGGUAUUGUAGCUGGACCAGUAAGCGAAGACAACUUUUUUGAAUGGGAAGCCUUAAUAGCCGGCCCUGAAGGUACAUGUUUUGAAGGCGGAGUAUUUCCAGCGCGGUUAAUUUUUCCACCAGAUUACCCGCUCAGCCCACCGAAAAUGAAGUUUACUUGUGAUAUAUUUCAUCCCAAUAUAUUCGCCGAUGGCCGUGUGUGCAUAUCAAUUCUACACGCACCUGGUGACGACCCCAUGGGGUAUGAACUAUCUGCUGAGCGUUGGAGUCCCGUACAAAGUGUGGAAAAGAUACUUCUGAGCGUGGUAUCCAUGUUAGCUGAACCGAACGAUGAGUCAGGUGCCAAUGUUGAUGCAGCAAUCAUGUGGAGAGAACGACGUGAGGAAUUCAAUGCCAUUGCGAAACGCUUGGUGCGCAAAACACUCGGUUUACCUACAUAAGUGCAAUGUACUCCAUUCUUUAGUUAUAUGUAUCAA